UUUGAUCCAGAAAUUGAAAAAAUUCAGAAGGGUGAGACAACAAAGAAGGACGAGGAGGAGAAUUACCUGGAUUUAUUUUCCCACAAGAACAUGAAGCUGAAGGAACGAGUUCUGAUCCCUGUCAAGCAAUACCCCAAGUUUAAUUUUGUUGGGAAGAUUUUGGGACCCCAAGGCAACACCAUUAAGAGACUUCAGGAAGAAACUGGUGCUAAAAUCUCUGUACUGGGGAAAGGUUCCAUGAGAGACAAAGCCAAGGAGGAGGAGCUGCGCAAGGGCGGCGACCCCAAGUACGCGCACCUCAACAUGGAGCUGCACGUCUUCAUCGAGGUCUUCGGGCCGCCCUGCGAGGCCUACGGCCUCAUGGCCCACGCCAUGGAGGAGGUCAAGAAGUUCCUGGUGCCUGAUAUGAUGGAUGAUAUCUGCCAGGAGCAGUUCCUGGAGCUCUCUUAUCUCAACGGGGUCCCGGAGCCCAACCGCGGCCGAGGCGGCCCCGGGCGGGGCCGGGGGGCAGCCCCACCUCCCCCUCCUCCCGUGCCAAGGUAUUCCCAAAAUCCCAGCCUGGGAAUGCUGCCUUGCCCUCCCAGCUGGGCUCUCAGAGAGCUUCAGCUGCUGCUCCUGGCACAGCAGCUCGGCCUGACGCUGGCCCGGGGGGUGCCGCCUCCGCCCGCCGUGCGGGGCGCUCCGGCCCCCCGGGCACGGGCAGCUGGCAUCCAGAGGAUCCCCCUGCCCCCUCCCCCCGUGCCGGAGACCUACGAGGAAUAUGUAAGCAGACGUUAAUUAGCGGCUGUUGAGUCAUUAACGGGGUUCGGAGUGGUGGGGCGAAUGGGAGGGGAUACAGAAUAUUAUGAUUAUGGACACGGGGAGGCACAGGAAACCUACGAAGCUUAUGGUAUGUCUGGGAAUUCUGGGAUAAGGAAGGGGUUGGGAAUUGCUUGUGGUCAAUUGUGCACUUUUCCAAUGUCUGGAUGAAAAAUGAGGAGAACCUCGUGGUGUUUUUAUUU